AUUGUAGUAUCCGAACGUGAUGUUGGGUUGGGUUGACAUUGUUGACAGAUACGUUUUUCAAUUCAAACGAACGGAAAGGAAAACGGCUCAAACGCGGGUUUUAGAAUGAAUGAAUUAGCUAUUACAAUAAAAUAACUUUAUUUCUACAGGCGUUAUACUAUGUUAAUUAAGUCUCAAACGGAUUCUAAUUCCAAAAUGAUGUCGGUGUAUAAUUUCAAUCGGAGCGACAGUGAAAUCCUGCAAGAGUUGGUGCGCGUAUUCAGUUCAGGCCGCGGGACCGCCCGCGAGCAGUGGAGUGCGCAAGCCGAACUUAUAGUGGAACCAGUGGGUUGGGAUGCGUUGUGGAAACUGUCGAAACAGUUUUGCAAGAGGUUUGAGGUCAGAUUUCCAUGCAUAGCAUAUGUGACAGUGUCAUCUGUGGACUUUGAAGUAUUGUCAGCAUCUGUGGAAGUACUGAGUGUGCAGCAUGAAGCUGUGUCAUUGCCAGAAACAGUGGAAGAUGUCCCACUGAUAGAGCUCUGGCCAACUACGCAGCAAAGGGAACAGUGCAUUAAUGAUGCUACUACUGCGGAAUUUAUCGACUUGUUAAGAUUCUACUACACCAACAUCUGGAUGCCCUGGGACGACCAAGACGACAAAAUAGUCCUUCCCAACACCAUCGAAGACCGCAUGCAACUUUGGAUGGACUUACACAACGGCACCAUACCUAACUGUGUGGCUCGCACUAUAACUCUACUGCGGAGCAGUGCGGUUAACGCUUAUGAGAAUUUGAAGGAGCUGGACUCAUCUAUUUGUGAUGGGGGAUUAACUGAUGAAGAUGAUUCCCUCCUACCACCAUCAUACAUAUCCCUCUGCGCCGAAAUGAGCGCCCGUCUGGACGGGCUCAUGUCGAAAUGGACGCUGUAUGAGAACCCUCUCAUCCGGGAGCAGUACCUCGCUAAAGCAAGGGCCAAGUGGCAGAAACACAAGGCACAAAAGAAUGUGGUAGCUCUCUGGCAAGGCGGCCCAAUCUCAGAAUUCGAGGACAUAUCCAAAUUCCUCCGCUCCCGGGUAUCGAAGGAGCAGACCCUCAGCGUGCUGGUGUCUGCAGAGGAAGGCCUGGCGCUGGAACCUGAAGACAUGGUUGUGUGCAGUCCCAACUACGAGCUGCCUGAGAUGCCGCUGUCACAGAUUUCGCUGUGCAGUUUCAAAGGUGCCACACUGAAAGCUGCAGAGAUGCGAACCUGCCUACUGCAGCUGAGCGAGGACUGCCGCCUGCGGGACCUGACCCUGCACUGCGCGCUCGUCAACACCGUCGUGCUGGCGCGCGCGGGCACGCUGCACGUCGCCAACUGCGCGCUCUCUGACGACUCUGACAGCUGUCAGAGUGAUUUCGCGCAAGGAAUCAUAGCGAUGUCCGGCUCAAAAAUUCUAAUCGAGAAUUGUACGUUCGACAACUUCUACUCGGGAAUAGUCGUGCACAAAGGCGCUCAGGUGGAGUUAAGAGGCUGCAGCAUCAGAAAGUGUGGCGUCGGCAUCCAGAUCUACUCCGGGUCCUCGGUGCUGCUCAAUGACACCAGCAUCUCCGGCUGCUCGGAGCACAGUGUGCGCUGUGAGCUGGACAGGACAGCUGGCAAGGAACUUAGCAGUAUUAAAGAACUUGAAAUAAUGCCGAACUGCAGGAUUGGUUCUGGCGACAUUAAGAAGGAGGUGCUUAUCGUUUCACAAGAUGCCAGCUUGUUAUAAACCUUAUGCAAUGCAUACACGGUAUAUUUUCAACCACGCUCGCUCGGCCACGGAUCGCCCGCUCCGUGCGUCACGAGUGUGCACGCUCGCUGACAGCUAGAGUCAGACCACGAUAAAUUCUGCAGCGUCUUUUAUAUUACGGUCACGUCUGAAAAUAUCGAUACGGUCAAAGUGCCAAAAAUAUGUAUACACGACUUUAUUGCCCAUAUAUUAAGGUAGUUACAUAUUUUGGCACUUUUUUCGUAACGAUAUUUUCAGACGUGACUGUACAGACGUGCAAGUGUGAUUUUAAAAGUAAAACUUCUAUGACAUUAUGACGUUUAAAUAACACUUGACCGUCCUGUGCUAUAAAAAUCGCUGCAGAGUUAUCUUGGUCUUGCUCUAUACAUCUCUCUACAUGCGUUUCGUAGCCCUAGGGUUGGCCAUUGGUAAUGAUAAUAAAGAUUUUUCACCUCAGCAGCUCGGACAAGCCUACUUUCGUCACUCCAGGGAGUGAGACAAGCUUUCGUCAUAAUGAUGAUGCCUUUCAUUCAUGAAUGUAAAUAACUGUGGUUAACUUUACUUGAUGUCGAAUUUUUUUAAUCUUUAAUAUGUUCUCACUACUGAGGUGAAAAGUUUUAUGUGUGAGCAAAGUUAUUUUACAUCUCGUGUUUUUGAGUCCCUCGCUUACUCGAGACUCAAAAUCACUCAGAAAAACCAACUUUCUUGUUGCACAAAUAACUAUUAAAUAUAUUAGAACGAACUUUAAAUCAAAAAUACCUUGAUAUGUUUCACUCCGUACUAUGCUCCUCAUAUCAUCGGGAACACGUGUUGGUCGGCCGACGGAUUUUCAACUUAAAAUCAUUGACAUAUAUGUAAGGACGGGCAUUACGGGCAAUAAGGAUGGGGCCAGUACAGCGUAUCACGCACACGAAUUCCAGCCAAUUGUGGUGUCUAACGCCACGACGAGAUUGGUUGAUGAGUUCGCAUCACGCGCGCCAUUGGUCGCAGCUAGUUGCGUUAGACUGCACGAUUCGCUCGAAUUCGUGAGUGACACCACUGAACUAGCACCAUUCUUAGUGCCCGUAAGGGCCAUCCUUAGAUAUAUGUCAAUGCUUAAAAUACGUGAGUGACCCGUUUAUAUUUGAUAUAUCUGUGUUUCACAGAAGUUUCGUUAUUAAAAUAGCUAUUUUUUUUAGCUAUAGGACCAACCUCGAAAUAGCCAAAAACGCGAAACCAAAUGGUGUACCGAAAAAAUAUACAUUAAUUGGGUAAAAUGUACCUAUGAAAUUUCGUUUUUUCGCUUUACCUAAAGAUUUUUAUGUGUACAGUCAAGGUAUUAAAUAUCGGCACGGACAAAUUGCCAAAACUAUGUAUACGCGCCCUUAUUGCACAUACAGUAAGGUAGUGUGUACAUAGUUUUGGCACUUUGUCCGUAUCGAUAUUUAAUACCUUGACUGUAAUAAUAUACAAUGUUUGUGAUUUUUACUCAAAAGAUACCUUAUUGAUUAUUAAUAAGGAGGGUUUCUGGAGGGCUACCGUGAAAAUCGAAGUUUGUCAAUUGCGGGUAUUUUUCUCUGUCACUCUAAUUACGACUUAGUGAGAUUAAAAGAGAAAGAUCCCCGCAAUUUGCGAAUUUCGAUUUUUCCGGUAGGCCCCCUGUUUCUUUUUGGUAGUAGAACCUUAUUGUCAACAAUCAAGGCUCGGAACUGGUUUAUUUCGGUUUUCCUCCGAACUUUUAUAAGAACGCGAAUGUUUUAAGAACUUUAUAAUAAAGAGAUUAAGAUAAGAUUAUAAUAAUCUUUAAAAAAAACCGGUUUACUCGACGAGCGUGGAAACGGCCGGCCGGCCUAGCGGUGUGCCACGUAAACAGACACCGACAUAUGAAGAAACCGGUUUUAUUGCUCUAAACCGGUAAAUUUGACAACGGUUCUCAUAAAAACCGGUUAGAAAAUAACGGUUUUCGAGCGGAACCGAAAUUAAAAGAUUUUGCACCAAGUACAUAACGGUAUGGAAACUUAACCGGUUUCCGAGCCUUGCCAACAAUGCCCAUAAAGCCAACUAUGUAGGUACCCCUUUAAAAUGGCAGCAUGUUUUUACACCACUACGUGAGUUUUGUUUUCAUUAACUCUGAAUGAACUUAAAAUUACGGUUAGGGCUAAACUGCAGAUGGCAUAGACCAGGGGCCGCCAAACUUUUUUUACCUGAGGGCCAUAGGAGCCUGGGAUCCGUUUGGCAACCUCGCACCACGGCCGGACCGUGAGCCAUCGCGUUGGAUAUCCGCGGGCCGAAUUGGAACGCGUCGCGCGCCGAAUCUGGCCCGCGGACCGGGGCUUGGAGACCCCUGGCAUAGACAAAUAUAAUUUUAUUGGCUACGUAGAGAAUUCUAAAACUAAGGACCAAGCUAACACUCAAUGUCUCUGUAAUUUCUUUGCGAUUAUGUUACAUUUACAUUUGUGAUAAGUUAUAGUCGCAACAGACUACUGCGCCGGACUGUGACCUUGAUGCGGUCAAAUAUCUCUUUCUCGCUCUAACUUAUAGCUGCGUCCUUAACGCACGUACGGCGACCAACUAUCGAUACGUGCGCCGCACCGCACCAAGUUCGGUCCGGUGCAGUUAUCUGUAGUCUGUAGACACUUUAAAUAAAGCUUUAUGACGAUAAGAUCGCACUGUUGUCAUACACGUAGCCAAUAGUUGAAUAAAUAUGUCUUCCUUUUAUAGAA